UUAUCAGGCCAGCAAGGCUGAGGAGAGAGGAGAGGAGAAGAAGGACCACAGAGCAGAGGGAAACUAUUUUUUGAUACCAACGUGUCAUAUUUUGUAACUUAUUUCUCAAGGAGAGUUGUCCAAAAACGGCAAAGCGAUGGGGAAUCGGGUUGCCCGUGAGGACUACGAAUGGGUGUAUACGGACCAGCCGCACGCCGACAGGAGAAAAGAGAUCCUGGCCAAAUACCCUGAAAUCAAGUCGUUGAUGGGUCCGGACACGAGGCUGAAAUGGGUCGUGUGCGUGAUGGUGGCGAUACAGUUUUUAGCUUUCUACAUGGUCAAAGACUUGGACUGGAAAUGGCUUCUGUUCUGGACUUACGGCUUCGGCAGCUGCAUCAACCACUCCAUGACCCUUGCUAUUCACGAGAUCUCCCACAACGCGGCCUUCGGGAACAACAAGGCCUCGUGGAACCGCUACUUCGCCAUGUUCGCCAACCUGCCCAUCGGCCUGCCCUACUCCGCCUCCUUCAAGCGCUACCACCUGGACCACCACCGGUACCUGGGUGGAGACGGCAUCGACGUAGACAUCCCCACCGAGUUCGAAGGCUGGUUCUUCUGCACGCGCCUGCGCAAAUUCGUCUGGAUUAUCCUGCAGCCGCUGUUCUACGCCAUCCGGCCCCUCUGCAUCAACCCCAAACCCAUCACCCGGCUGGAGGUGACCAACGUGGCCGUCCAGCUGGCCUUCGACGUCCUGCUCUGCUGGCUGUGGGGGGUCAAGCCCGUGGUCUACAUGCUGGCCGGCUCCUUGCUGGGGAUGGGCUUGCACCCCAUCUCGGGCCACUUCAUAGCCGAGCACUACAUGUUCCUCAAGGGCCACGAGACCUACUCCUACUACGGCUCCCUCAACCUGCUCACCUUCAACGUGGGCUACCACAACGAGCACCACGACUUCCCCAGCGUCCCGGGAUGCAGGCUGCCCAUGGUGAAGAAAAUCGCAGCCGAGUAUUACGACGACCUGCCGCAGUACUCCUCGUGGGUGAGAGUCCUGUACGACUUCAUCAUGGACGACGCGCUGAGCCCGUACUCUCGCGUGAAGAGGAAGCUCAAGGGAGACGUCAAGCAGGAGUGACGCCGCCGGAAGCCGGGGAACAAAGCUUCGGUGUCCGUCGUUUCAGCGCCCUCGGGUCAUCAUCCGGGGAGCGACAGCUUUGUGCAUAUUAAUACCUUCAGCUCGGGGGAAAUGAGAGAGGAAAUUGUGACUGUUCAGAAAGACCGAGACAUGUGUUUAGAUCAGCUAGAUGGACAAUACAAGUUUGUUUGUGUGAUUAUUAUCGAGUACCUGGCUCCGCUCAAACGCAUCAUUUGUUGCCGUGGAUUCUAAAUAGACGGGUGGAUUGCCAUAAAGUCUGGUUCCACGCAUCCGUGUCACCCUCGGGAUGACUUGGUAAUCUCUCCGGUGAUCUUCUAAAUUCGCAAACAAAAUAUUUCACAAUAUAAAAUGUUGUCAAGUUGUCCAACAGUGUGGUUUAAAACUAACCCAAAUGUCCACUGAAGGCAUCGUGUUGCGUUCAGGCUCUUGCACAUCUGCCCGUUGUACUCGUGUGCUGAUGUGCUCUUUGCACGUUGGAUUUUUAAUAUCUGUUAUUACCACACUGAUGAGUAAUGUGCAACUGACACAAAACAACAAUGACGUGUGAGCAGACUG